ACUUGCGGUGCCGGUCAACCGCAACCAGUUCGCUUCGAACUCGCGCGCGGCCUUGUCUACAAGGAAAAUAAUAUUAAAAAAUAUAUAAAAAAAACCCGUCUUCUAAGAACUUGUGUCGUUGUACGUUUAAUAUUAUGUUUUAAUAGUGCAACAAUUUGAUUAAAAGAAGUUUUAAGACGCCAUUACGAUGUGGAAAGCACUGCCGCUCCUAGUCCUGGCGACAUCAGCCUUCUGCCAGCAGAACAAUGGGGAUCUCGACACUGUUCUCAGCCAGAUAUUCGGGCCACCACCACCCGCUGGGCACACCACCACCGUAGUCCCAGCGAUGGACAAAACGAAAAUACCGUCAACCAUCGUGCCUCCUAUUAACCAAAAUCCCUCUUCAGCCGGUGAGGAGGAGGACCUGUCGUGUACCAUGCCUGAUGGCCAGGAGGGCGAGUGCGUCAGCUACUACCUCUGCAACGUCAACAAUAAUACCGUCAUUACUGAUGGUGUGGGCGUUAUUGAUAUUCGUGUCCGCGAUGGCCCCUGCGCGUCCUACAUCGACACUUGCUGCCUGAUCCCUGACAAGAGGCCCCCAGACCAGCCCGUUAAGCCUCAGCCGAAACCUGAUCAACCCCAGGAAUACAACCCAGAAACUGACACCUGGGAGGCUACGGACCGCGAAGGUUGCGGCUGGGCAAACCCAGAUGGCGCUGAUCUAAGGACAACUGGAGAAGUUAACGGCGAAACGAAAUUCGGUGAAUUCCCCUGGAUGGUCGCCAUUCUAAAGAUCGAACCUGUUAAUGAAAAUGAGCCUGACGGUCAGAAAUUGAAUGUGUACGUCGGCGGAGGGUCCCUCAUACAUCCAAGCAUUGUGCUAACCGCUGCCCAUUACGUAGCACCGUCUAAGGCUCUCCGAGUGAGGGCUGGGGAAUGGGACACACAAAGCACUAAAGAGAUAUAUCCCUUCCAAGAUAGAGAUGUGGCCAGCGUUGAGAUGCACGAAGAUUUUAACAAAGGUAACCUGUUCUAUGACAUCGCGAUACUCUUCCUCGCUAAACCCAUGGACCUGGCUCCCAACGUGAGGGUCGCGUGUCUCCCGCCACCACGCCAGCGCCAGGACGACGGCAAGCGGUGCUUCGCCACCGGCUGGGGUAAAGACCGCUUCGGCAAGGAGGGAAGAUACCAAGUCAUAUUGAAGAAGAUCGAGCUACCAGUGGUACGACACGACACAUGCCAGGCUGCGCUCCGUAAGACCCGUCUUGGGAGGUUCUUCCAACUCCACUCGUCCUUCAUGUGCGCUGGUGGGGAACCAGGCAAGGAUACCUGCAAGGGUGACGGAGGAUCACCAUUAUCCUGUCCUAUUGAAUUCGAGAAAGACAGAUACGUCCAAAGCGGUAUCGUAGCUUGGGGUAUCGGCUGCGGAGAAGACGGUACCCCUGGGGUCUACGUAGAUGUAUCCAAUUUGAGGAGUUGGAUUGAUGAUAAGGUCGCCGGCAAGGGAUACGACCCGGCCACUUACACUUAUUAAAUUGAAAACAGUGGUUGAGAUAGGACUGAGCGAUCUGUCUAGUUUGAACAAACGGUUUGAGUCAAACUUGUAGAUUUUCGAGUGGGUGUCUUUUAAACAACUUUGAAUUUGAUUUAAAUACAAUUGGCUUGACUUACAUAAAAAAACAGUUGUUCAUUUGACUCGACUUUUUAAAGUAAGUUAAAUAGAAAAUAGUUUUAGUCAAAUCAAGAACACUAGAUAUGGUUUGGCUCAAGCCAUCGAUGAAUUUGAAUGAAGCACUCACGAUUCGGCCAAAUUAAAUUUAAAAGACGAUAAAUUUCGACAAAAAGUGCAAUUUUAAAUCAGAAUGCUAAAUUCAAAGUGUUUUAGUUUUAAAUUUCACGUGGGAGUCGCUCAGUCCUAAAAGUCUAAGGAUGAUUAUAUCUGAAACUUCUUUAUAUGUCAUAGUCGAAUCAACUUAAAAAUAAAAACAUAACCUAAGACUUUCUCAAAUUAAUGUUAAAAAUUAAUAAAAAGCCACUGUCAAACAUUUAUAAACAAGACGACGUGCUCAAAUACUUAUAUUUUAUGAUAAUUCCCGUAUAUAAUUUUGACUGUAACAAUUGAAAAUUUGUGCCAAUAUAAGAAAUAGUUUUAAAAAUAUGACAAACACGUAACUUAGCUCAGAUUAUAAAAGUUCAAAUAUAAACGAUCUUUAUUAAAUACUGUGUCAUAACAUAAUACACCUUAAAGUAGCAUCUGAAGUUGACAAGUAGCAUCAAAGAUUUUUUUAUUAUGAACCUUUGUCGUAAUUUGUAAAUUCAAAUGAUACCCACCAUUUUAGUAUCAUCUGUCAAACAGCUGUCAAAAUACAAGGCAAAGACAGCAAA